CUCCAUCUAAUCUCUACCUUAGAUCAUACACUCUACCUUUGUUUAUUCAUACCACGGUUAAGUAUACAAAAAGCCUCUACGCCACACUAAGCAAAAAAAUCGCCGCUUUGAAAAAAAAUGACGAAACCAUGCAUUGUUCCGAAGUGCAAAACGGGAUACAAAAGUGUGAAACAAAAAACUUCUGUUUUUAAAGUGCCCAAAGAUUCGGAGAUGCGUAAAAAGUGGAUGCUUGCGAUUCCCAAAAUUUGUGUUAACGAUGUUUUUUACGUGUGCGAGCUUCACUUCGAAAAGAAAUUUCUAAAAAAACAGUGCGUCAUGUAUAACGAAAAAGGUGAUGUUAUUUUUAAGCGUGAUUAUGAGCGACCCCAACUGCAACCUGGAGCGUACCCAACCAUAUUCAACAAUGUGUCAGAAACUGUCAAUGAUUGUAGCAUGGAUGAUGUCCCUUGUGCUGAAAGGUCUUACGCUACUAAUGACUUAAUUUCUGAGGCCUUGCAAUUGCCAAAAGACCAAGAGCGAGACCAAGAGCAUGUGCAUAAUGUCGACCAAGAUAGAACAUUAGUUGACAACUGUUCUGAUUUGAACAUGGAGGUUGAUAUUGAACAUCCCAGCGUAAACGAGGACCAAGGUUGUGAACCUCAAAUGCUAACUGCAGCAGACAUGGAAACCCAACCAGAGACUAAGAUACUUCGUAUAAUCGAUAAAAUAAGCGUUGGAUAUUCUUCAGAGGUAUCCGCCGUUUCCAUACCAUGGUCCUGGACAGCAUCAGAAGCAAUUAUUGACAACAAACAUCACAUGAUCUUUUCUCACGUUAUUAGUCGCCGUAGUGCGAUUCCUACAUUAACCAAAGCUGUGACCAUCGAUAAGACUGGCAAAAUCAAGUACUCUGUGCACGGGAGAAAACUUGAACCAAAUGAAGGAUCAGGAUUUCCUUUGCAGUUGGAAAACUGUGAAGAUGUUCCUGCAAUUUUACUACAGUUUGAAAAGAGACGAGCAUGCAAAGGCGUCAUUCUGUCUGGCAAUGUCAACGUCCAAUUAUCCGCUAUAUUUGAGAGUAGUGACGGCGUUUGGCAUUCGAAAGACUGUACUUUGAUCACUAAAGGCAGAAAAUGUGUAGCAUGCAAAGAUUUGUUACAGCGAAUAAAUCGAAGCAAACGGCGAGCGAUAAAUAAGUUAAAGGUUUUACGCGCGAAACAACUUCACGAUGAAAAACAGAGAAAGCUGUGUGUCGCAAAAAAGGCGGAAUCAUUGAAGAAAAAGUUGGAAAAAAAGUGCGAUGAGUUGAGGACAUUGGUCAAAACCAAAAUAAAAGAGUGCCGAAAUGUCUCCCAAUUGUGAUGGUGAUGCUACGACUUUUUGAUUCGAUAAAGAUUUCGCUAAGUUACUGAA